AUGACCAACGACAAGAACCAAAAAAUCAUCAUCGUCGGCGCCGGCAUCUUCGGUCUCGGCACAGCCCUCACCCUCAAACAACAAGGCUACCAAAAUGUUACCGUCCUCGACCGCGCCCUUCCCCCCGUCCCAGACGGCUCCUCCAAUGACAUCUCCCGCGUAAUCCGCUUCGACUACGGCGACGAAGUCUACGCCCGCAUGGCCAAAGAAGCUUAUGAUCUCUGGCUUACGCCGACGUUUAAAGAAGCUUUCCAUCAAACGCCCUGUCUAUGGGUUACGCAGAAGGAGUCCCCAGGGCAGCCCGUGCAGGAGAUGGCGGAAGAGUAUAGUCGCAAGACGAGAGAUGUGUUGACGAAGAUGGGGGAACCGUGGCAUAGUGUGCCGUCGGCGGAGCAGGCGAAGAGGGAGUUUCCUGGGUUUACCGGAAAGUUGGGGUCUCCGGGGUUCGACGCAUUUUGUAAUACGAGUGCUGGGUGGGCAGAUGCAGGUUUGGCGACGCAGAGGCUCGCGGCGAGGUGUGUUAAUGCUGGGGUUUCAUUUAUCACGGGGCCAAAUGGGAAUGUUACGGAUUUUGAAAAGAGGUCCGAUGGGACUGUCAAGGCUGUUCGCACGAGUGGCGGGAACAGCAUCGCAGGUGACAUGUUCAUCGUCGCGACUGGUGCUUGGUCGGCGAGUCUCAUUCCCUCGUGGAAUACCAUGAUCGCGGCCGCGCAGAUCGUGGGCUACAUGCGCCUUACUCCCGAAGAAAUGGUAAGGCUCAAGGACCUUCCUAUUUACUUUAACCUGUCUACCGGGUUCUUCUGCUUCCCGCCUCACGACGGUACCGGGAUCCUGAAAGUCGCUUGCCAUGGCUAUGGGUACACCCAGUCUAGUGAAAACAACAUCUCCGCGCCUCCGAACGCUCCGCCCUCUGCUAGAGCCAACUUCAUUCCCGAAGAUGGGAUUAAGCGACUCCAUGCCGGUAUGAAGGAUAUCUUCCCAGAUUUGGAGCCACGAGGCUUCGAGAGGGUGGGAUUGUGUUGGUACAAUGAUACGCCUUCCGGUGAUUUCAUCAUGGAUUAUCACCCUGAUCACAAGAACCUGUUCAUCGCGACUGGUGGAAGUGGACAUGCAUUUAAAUUCCUGCCAAACAUCGGAAAGUACAUCGUCGGAUGCUUCGACAAGAGCCUCCCACAGGACUUGUUGGAGAAGUGGAAGUUCCCGACGGAGUACAAGAAUCAGUCACAGGAUGAUACCUUCAAGGGAGACGGAAGCCGUGGUGGUCCGGAGAGGAGGGAAUUGACCUUCCAGGAACGGGAUAGUUUUAGUACUGCGCUGAAGGCUACUUCGUCGCGGCAGAGUAAGAUAUAG